AUGGCGUUUGCAGCGUCGGAUUCAGCAGCGUCAUCGAGAGGGCAAUACAACCAAGGCCUUGAUUCUGCUUGCUGCAAAGUUCGAUCCAGGAUAUCAUUUCUCAAGCUUCGCCGGGUGAAUGCUAUAGCUCUGGAAGCAGCAGUGAAAGAAGAUCCGGAGCAGUUGUCCCCAUUGAUAACACCAAAACGAACUACAGACUUUCAAACACUCUUUCGGAGAUUUUGCAAAGUUGCUCAACCUUACUGGCUCGACUCCAAGGAGGGUAACCAGGCAAUCCUCCGAUUAGCGAGUGUUUUUGCUCUUACGCUUGCUUCCACGGGGACGAGCGUGGCAUUUAGCUACCUUGGAAGGAGUUUUGACAACGCCUUGACAAGUAAGAAUCGAGAGGAGUUUUUCAAGCAGCUGAUCUAUUAUUUGGGGCUCCUGGUCGCAGCACUUCCAGUUUAUGUUAUCCGCGGAUACGCACAAGAUACUCUUGCUCUUCGAUGGCGAGCUUGGAUGACGAAACGCUACAUGGCUCAGUAUUUUUCUCAGAGAUCCUAUUACAACAUCCAAUCUCUAGCACUCAUCGACAAUCCGGAUCAGAGAGUUGUGGAUGAUAUUGACUCGUUCACUGGCACGGCGCUUAGAUUUAGCAUGACGCUGUUCCAUUCCAUCACCGAUCUGGCGUCCUUUAGCGGAAUUCUAUACCGAAUUUAUCCACCACUGUUUGGUGUCUUGCUGGUUUACUCCAUUGGUGGCUCUUGCAUUACUUUCCUACUUGGAAAGGAUCUCAUGAACUUGAAUUUCAUCCAAGAAAAGAGCGAAGCAGAUUUUCGAUAUGGAUUGGUGCGAAUUCGAGAAAAUGCAGAGUCCAUCGCGUUUUAUGGGGGAGAAAAGGAUGAACUUCAGUUGCUGCUGGAACGUUUUAAGCAAGCUUUAUCCAACUACAGUAAACUACUCAUAGCUUCGCGAAACUUAAGAUUUUUCCAAAUUUUCUACAACAACUUGAUCCAAAUCCUGCCCGCCGCCGUGGUGGCUCCGUUCUACUUUGCUGGAAAAGUCGACUUUGGGAUCGUCAGUCAGUCUUUCCAUGCUUUCAGCUCCGUUCUCGACGACCUCUCCUUGGUCGUGGACGAUUUUCAAUCGCUUAGUUCCUUCUCCGCGGUCGUCGAUCGCCUUGGUACACUUUCCUUCGUUUGCUUGGUUCUCUUCGAGCUACCUUUACAUUCACAGGUGAAUUCAGUGACAUAUUGGAUCAACAAGGCGUAGAAUGCUUCGGAGCCAAGCACCAUCAAAUCGAUCGAGACCACGGAAAGCGAGGUUCUUAUAGAAGUUUCGACCUUGACACUGUUGUCUCCUCAACAGACACUGACUCUUGUCGAGGGGCUCUCUUUCAGGAUGAUCGCUGGACAAAAUCUUCUGAUAACUGGCCCCAGUGGAAGUGGCAAGACAUCGUUCUUGAGAGCUAUCGCAGGACUGAGGAAAUCCGGGCAAGGAACCAUAGCAAGAAACGCUGCCAUGGAUGUAUUCUUCGUGCCGCAAAAGCCAUACAUGACUCUUGGAACACUCCGGCAACAAUUGCUAUAUCCAACUUGGAGCACAGACGGGGAGAAAAAACACGAUCAUGGUAGCGAGAAUUUUGGUCUUUUACUGCUCGUGAAUCUAUCGGAAGUGUGCUCUCAUGAUCCAGAAUCCAAGCACAGCGAUGCCGACUUGAUGGAAGUCUUGCGUAGAGUGAAGCUUGAACAGCUCCUGGAACGCUCGAUUCACUUGGACGCGAAUGCCGACUGGUCCAGUGUCUUGUCACUGGGAGAGCAACAGCGCCUGGCUUUUGCUCGAUUGCUUCUAUCAAAACCAAAGCUUGCGCUCCUGGAUGAAGCAACCAGUGCCAUAGACGAAGCAACUGAGGCUUACUUGUAUCGACUUCUCCUAGAAUCCGGAACUUGUGUGAUGAGCGUUGGGCAUCGCAGCACGCUUCGCGAAUUCCACACGCACUUGCUCUUCUUUUCCCCGCGAAUCUCCGGGACGAGUAUCUCGGAGUGGUCAUUACAAGACCUUCCUCAAAGAACCAGCUUUGAGUAGCAGUAGUUCUUCGUCCAUUGCAGUGGAUAAGUGGAAGACUGGCUUUUGGGAAUGCGAGCAAGCAAGCGCU